GGAAUAAACCACACAUCUUGGCUUUUUUUCUUCCAAAAGGCAAAAACUCUCUCUCUCUCUCUCUCCAAUGGCGGAGGCGGCAGUGACAUUCCUGCUGGAGCAGCUGAAGGAGGUUGUGGUUGGGUACGCAGAUCUGAUCGCCGGAGCGGAGAGCGAGUUCGAUCAGCUGAACCACGACCUUGAGAUACUCAAGGCCUUCCUCAAGGUGAUGGCGAAGAAGAAGAAGGAUGAGUUGUUGAAAGCACUGGAGAGACGGAUUAGAGAUGUGGUGUACGAGGUGUAGGAUACCAUCGACACUUGCUUAACCAAAGCUAUCGAACUCAAGGCCAAGAAAUCCUUACGACAGCGUGUGGGUAUUAAAAGUGCCAGCCUAGCCAAGGAGGUCCGGGCUGUUAUACAACAUAAAUUGGCUCCAUUACAUAAGGAUGCUGACAAGUUUACUAACCUCAAGACUAUUGCCGAUGGAGCCAAGGACUGGGAUGAACCUGAGUCCUCAAAAAGGGAUACACCAAUCAGACUAAACAGAGUCAUUGGUUUUGAUGACGAGGAAGCUAAAAUAAUUGACCAUCUCAAGGAAAGAAGAGACAAGCUUGACGUUAUGUCCAUCGUGGGCAUACCUGGUCAGGGGAAAACUACUUUGGCAUGGAAGGUUUAUCAGAACGAGUCCAUCUGUUUUCAUUUUCCCAUUUGCAUUUGGGUUUACAUGUCUCAAGUGUUCAACAGCAAGGACGUUUUCCUCCAAAUCCUCAAGAAAUUCACUCCCAGUCAAGACACAUCGAGACUCAAUGAUGACGAAUUGGCCCAAACAGUUCGUGCGUGCUUGGAAAAUGAAAAAUUCUUGUUAGUCCUGGAUGAUGUAUGGAGUGUUGAUGCAUGGGAAAAGAUCCAGGCAGUGCUGCCAUUAGACAAUGGGGAGGGUAAAGUCCUCAUCACCACCCGAGAGAAAGUCGUUGGAGAACAAUCUAAUGUUUAUAGACCUCCCCACAAUCUCAAGUUCUUAACUCGUGAUGAAAGUUGGGAGCUCCUCCAGUAUGAGGUAUUUGAGGAUUUGAAUCAAUGCCCUGAAGAUUUGAAGGGCAUUGGGGAACAUAUAGCCAUGAAGUGUGAUGGAGUGCCACUGACAAUAGUUGUGAUCGGAGGUAUUCUUAAGGACCAGCUUCUGAAAUCUCGAUCAACAGCUGUGGAUGAGUGGCAGACGAUGUCACAAAGUGUGAGCGAAGCCUUACAAAAUAGGGCGACACGCAUAACAGAAGUCGUGGAGUUGAGCUAUCACAGAUUGCCCGAUGACUUGAGAGAGUGCUUUGUUUUCUUGGGUGUAUUUCCAGAAGAUUACGAGAUUCCAGCUAAGAUGUUGUGUGGGUUAUGGAUUUCUGAAGGAUUUGUACUUCCUAGAAAAGGAAGAAGCAUCGAGGAAAGUGCGGAGGAGAAUAUGAAUGAUCUCAUCAGUAGGAACUUGCUCAAAGUCGAGAAAACUAAUCAUAUGGAUAAAGUAAAAACAUGCCGUGUUCAUGAUAUGAUACGUGCAUUCUGCAUAUCCAAAAUUAAGGAGGAGAAUUUGUGUGAGGAGGUUAGACGAUCAUCGAAGACCAGGGAACUCGAACCUUCAGGUUCUCAGCUACAAAAAUCUCAUCGCCUUUGUUUCCGUUCGGAUCUGUCUAAGUUCUUGUCUACAAACCCAUCAGGUCCCCAUGUUCGGUCGAUUUUGUGUUUCUAUGAGAGGCCGGUCGAGCUGGAGUCGGAGCAUCUAGCAGUUAUACCAGACGGCUUCAAAAGGCUCCGGAUUUUGGAGUCCAAGUGCAUCAAAUUGGAAAGUUUUCCUGGAAAAGUUGUCAAGCUAGUCCAUCUCAGGUACCUCACCUUAUAUAUCGUAACUCUCAAAACUCUUCCAGAGUCAAUCUCCCAGCUAUGGAACCUACAAUCUCUCGUAGUAGAGACCAAGUUUCGUUCCAUUUCAAUGAAAGCAAAUUUGUGGAGGAUGGUGCGGCUGAGGUAUCUCAAGACAAGAGCAGCUAUUGUCCUAGAAAGUACUAAAUCCGACAGCGAAGCAGGGCAGAACCUUCAUACAUUGAAUAGAUUGGCACCCGAAUCUUGCACUGAUGCCGUCUCCAAAAAUGCUGUAAACCUCAAGAUCUUGGGAAUUUCUGGGAAACUGGCCUCCAUUUUUGAAAAUAAUUUCCUAGAAAAAUUGCAUCAUCUUGAAAAGCUGAAGCUUUGUGAACGGGCAUCUGAAGAUAUGCUCCCUAAUCUUCCCCCAAGGAGCUGUUUCCCGCCAAAUCUCAAGAGACUGACACUAAUGAAUACAUCCCUCGAAUGGAAGCACAUGUCCACGUUGGCCAUGAUCAAAACCCUCGAGGCUCUUAAGCUGAAAGACAAUGCUUUCGUUGGAGUGUCUUGGAAUCUUGGUAACGACACAUUUCCCAAACUCCAACUCCUGCUCAUUGCUCAGGCAGGAUUAGUUCUUUGGGAGGCCACACCGGAGGCUUUUCCCAAUCUCAAGUUUCUCGUGAUUAAUAACUGUGAAAACCUCAAAGAAAUCCCAGUGUGUCUAGGAGGUAAACUUGAGAAACUGGAAAUAGAGCGUGUCCGCCCUUCUUUAGUUCAGUCUGCUGUGAAGAUUGAUCAGCAACAGAAGCAACGAGCCACCAGCAAAUUUGAUGCGCCUCUGGCACUCAUCAUUGGUCCGGUUGCAGCAGCACUUGCGAGGGGACCAACAUGAAUAUCAAGUUCAGCUAUACUGAUGAUGUGAUUGAUCUCGCACUUUGUUCGAAUAAAUUAUGUUUCAUUUUGAGUUGAAGAAGAAAAACUUUCAAGUGGAAUUUCCAUAUUUAAACUCUGCAUUGUGGUGACUCAUGAAUAUUCUCCAGUUUAGGCAUUAAUAAUGGUACUUUGUUUGUGUGGCAAUUGCCUCAUUUCAGUAAAUUACGGGACUAACAAAAUAUUCUAUAA